UUGGGGGCAAACCAGUCUGGGAGGGGACAUUACAUUCAGUCAACCAAUGACUUUGCCGCUCUUUGUAUCUGUCCAUGUAUGGUAACGAAAAGAAAGACCCUCCAGUGGAAUAGUCAAGUGUCUCAGUCACGCCAGUGAAUGUGAGUUAAUAUGGAGAUGCAGUUGAUAGUCCUGAUUGUCCUACACUGUAAGUAGCCUGCCUGUCUAUUCACCUCUACAUCCAUCAUACUGACUGAAUUUCUAUCCUCUCUUCAUGAGUCUUUCAUGACCAUCCUAGUGUCCUCCACUAUGACCAGAGUGGUCAAACCUGGGGAGACUGUCUGUAUGUCCUGUAACGUACCUAUGAAGACCUCGACAACGUGGUACGGACAAGAGUGCAACAAGACGCCCUUUGUCAUCAUAUCGGCCAAAUAUGACGUUAACCAAAAGGAAGUUCUAAAUAAAUUCCUCCACGGCAACAACAAUGCAUUCAGCACAAAGUUAGAGGACAACGGCUCCAUCAGUCUGACCAUCAGCAACAUUAAUGAAUAUUUGCUGGGAUUCUACUAUUGUACUUCAGGAAUCGACAAAGAUCUUACAGUUGGAUCCGGUUACAUUCUUGAAUAUGAGAAGGGCAGUGUUUCACCUAAAAGUGAUGAUGAUGAUGAGAAACUGGAUGGAUGUUCAACAGGUCCUCCUGAGUCUUCAGACGGUCCUCCUGAGUGUUCGGGGCAGUGCUGGGUGCUGAUGGCCAUUUUCUGUCCUCUCAGUGCUGCUUUAGUGGGACUGUUGGCCUUUAUUCUUACCUGGAUCCUUCACAGAAAAGGAAACAAUGAAUCAGACAGAAUAAAAACAGCCCAGGGACACAGCAACGAUGUACAGGGUAUGGAACAGGUAGUGCUUUACACCUCCUUCUGUUUGUCAAAUGGAGAUCAUCGUGGCAAAAGAAAAAACACACAUCAUUAAUGUGAUCCUGUGUAUCUUUAUCAGCUAAUGUUACAUAAUAUGAACAUGCUGAAUAUGUAUGUUUUAUGUGAGUACAUUUUCUAGUACAGAUAUCUACCUUGUGUACUGCAGUUGUACUAUG